AUGGCGAUGCUAGUGUUGUGUGUUGUGAGCUACUGGCAAGUGCAUGGCCCAUCGCAGGAUCCGCCCAAGUCUUCCUCCUGCAUCAUCGACGAUGACAUGGAGGCGCGAGGACGAGGAGGAUUCGACGCAGUGUUCCCUGAGGACCGCAAGUGGUAUCCUGCGAGAGUUGUCUCCAGGUCUUUCAGGGUCUCCAAGGUAGAGUUCGUCGGGUACGAGGAGGACGGGGAGUACGAGGUCAGGAGCGAAGACAUCCGUCCUUCUCUCUCCGACAUCUUCAUACUCGUCUCCACAUCCAGCGCAGACGAGACUCGGCUCAGAGUGCAGGUGGAGGCGGACGCGACGGUCGAGGAGCUCAAACGUCAUGUGGAGGCAAGACUCCAGACCCCCAGCACGAGGGUGAGGCUGAUCUACCAAGGCAGAGAGCUGACGGACCCAACUUGCCGUCUCUACAGCGACUGCUCGAUAAGAACCAACAGCACUCUACACCUGUCCGUUAAACAUGGUGAUGAGGAUGGCGAGGAUGGGGGGGAGAAGUUCGCUGUAAGAGCGCGGGGGGCUGGGGGAGGUGACGGAGGAGACUUUCCUGCUUUGAUGAAGAGACCGACGAGUCAUCAACUGGCGCACAAAAAGAAGAACCAGAAGGCCAAAAGCGCGAGCAAGCGAGGGGCAGGAGAUUGGUGGUCCUCGCUCGAUGGCGAUGACGUCAUCUCUUUGGAUCCCCUUUGCGACCUUUCGUAUGAACCAUUCUUCCUUCCUGCCAAUGCAGGGGACGAACCAGCCGACCGGGGUCGAGCUGGUUGGGUAGACUCCUACAAUUUCUUCGACGGCAAGGUCUUGUCCAGAUAUCUUGUCUCGACGGGAAAUUUCUCCCACCCCGUGAGCAGGAGAUCGUUGGGUCGCGCCGAAUGCGUGCGGCUGGACGGCUACAUGGAGAAGAAUGGCUUCGGCGAGGCAGGAGUAGUGCACGCGUUCGACCUCAAGGACGACAAGACUGAUAACGGCAGGAACCACCUGGAGGCGCUGCAACGAGAGGCCGAGUCGAUCCUCCAAUCGCUCUUCUCCAACGCUCAGAGAGAUUAUCCGUCAAGGCGUCAUAGUCAGCCUCGUCCUCGUCGGGUGGAGGACUCGUUGAGCCUCGCGGCCCCUCCCCCUCUGCGCCAAGACGUUGUCCAGUCGAGGAUCGUGGACGACGACGAGGAGGCAGGCAUCGUUCAGCACCAGCAGAUGAUGCAGGAGAGCUGGCCCGAGCUGCCCCGCUUGCAGCAUCGCUCCAAGCCAGAAAUGGUGCAUGCUCCUGCAGACUUCGGUUCCACACGGCAGGGGGAGGAGGAGGGGGAGGAGGUGGGAGCAGGAGAAGAGGAGGUGGAGGCGUUUCCCUCAGAGCCCUCGGAGCCUUGGGCCGAGCAGGACGAUGCCACGGUUGUUGACAUCUCGCGGAUCAGCUGGCCAUGGAGGUGGACGGCCUCUGCCACGUCAGCGAUCAAGGACGUCGAGGACCCCGGCCUGCAGGUUCUGCUGGAGAGGCAGAUGGGAGGAGCAGCUCGAGACUUUCGGUUUGAGGAGGAGAUCUCUUUCAUCGAGCAUCAACUCCAGCAGGCAACAAGCUGCGGGCGCUCCUUGGUCGAGCUCGGAUUCCAGGUGAAGCGAGUCUGUGUGCUGCAGAGCUCGGAGGUGGAAGAGAAGUUCGCGGGGUCUGUGAGGUCCUUGCAGUUUGACGUCUGGGCACGAGAGGGCUGGAGGGAGGAAGCAUGUGCGCAGGGCCCUUCGGGAGGAAGGAAAUUCUUUUGGAAUGCAGAGACGAGGGAGAGCCGGUGGACUCCUCCUGCUCUUCCUGCCCUGGAGGGGUUAGAGGUUGGAGGAUCCGAGGCUGAGGGGGAGCAGGAGGGGGGGGCAGGCUGGCAGGUCUGUGUCGGAGGCUUUCCUGCUGUGAUGAGCUGGAGGACGAUGAGCAGCGACAUGCUGAAGGGGAUCAAGAAAGGAGCGAAGAAACUCCUGGAGGAAGUGAGGAGGGAAGACGAGGUCGUCGCUGCUGACCUGUUGGAUGACUUGGACCAAGCUUCUCUGGAGAAGGGCGGGAGCCAGCUGGUCUGCACUGAGCUGCCUGCUGCUCUUGCCCUUGCUGCGCGACGAGCAGGACUAGAGGUGGAGGGGGUGGAGGACAUCGACGAAGGAGCAGAGCUAAGCCUGCUGCUCGGUCUGUCGGUGCUUGGGGAGGAGGACAGAGACUGGAGCCUCGUGGCCGAUCCCUCCAACGACGGCUUGCGUGCAGUUCAGCUUCGUGACCACCGAUGGACCUUGAGACGCUUCGUCGUCACUGUUUGUCGCCUGGAGGGUGCAACGAUCCGCUACACUAUGGAUGGGAGCGACCCUCUUAACGACGAGCAGCUGGAGACGGGUCGGGUGCAGUCGUACGACCGGCCCUUCAUCCUCGGGCAAGGCACCUUCAACAUCCGCGCGGUUGCGAUGAAACUCGGCAUGGCCGACAGCCUCGAGUCUCGUGCCCUUUACAUCGUGAAAGCGAGAUGUGCUCCUCCUUGUUUCAGCCCAAACGUCGCCGAGCUCUGCGCUGGCAACAAGAUCUCCAUGUCGACACGCACGUGGGAAGUACUUCCAGACGCCAAGAUUCACUUCACCCUCGAGAAGGUGGAGGAGCCGCAGGGGGAUGGAGGUCAACGGGUGCGGGCUCGCCAGGGGUUCUUCCAAGAGCCGCUGGUCCUGCAUGAGGAAGGGGUCUGGAGCAUCCGAGCAGUCACCAUGCACACAAGCAUGCUGCCCUCAGAGAGCUCCUCUGUCAGGAUUGUUGUCCGUGCACGAGAGGAGAGGACAGGGACGAGCGAGGAGCAACCGGCUGGCAGCGAGCAGCGAGCUCCUGUUGCACAGCAGGGGGGGAUGGGAAGGAGGUGGUCGCCUGUGACCUUGUCUCUUGUCGUCGCGGUCUUCGCUGCUCUUGUUGCUUUCUUCCUAUCAAGACCGGUGACUUGA